UACGAGAACAUCAUCCAAUGCCAGCAUACCGUUUUUAACUGGCAAGUAGAAAGGUUCAUUCGAGAAACAAGUUUUUAUCCUUGACAUUCUAUUCGUAUUUUCUGAAUCUCUUAACUCAAUCAUGAUAAAAUACAUAGUAUUUAUGAGUGUAAUGGCUUGUUUGGGUUAUUCCCAAAGACCACCGUACGCUGGUAGCGGUAACCGUUAUCCCGUAGUCUUUCCACAAUACACAGAAGCAGCUGUAGCAGCGGCAGCAGCAGCAGCAACAACACCAAUACCAGGACAAACUUCAGACAUUGGGAAUCGUAUCAACGCUGAAAGUGGAAGUUCCUUAAGUGCAAUAAAUUCUGCCAGUUCUACAACCAUCAAAGUACCGAUAAAUUUACCGAUUGAUGCAUAUGGUGAUAUAGAUCUUGUUAAUAGGAUCAAAACCUGGCCUAAAGAAAAACAACCUUUUUGGUUUAUCAAUUGGCAACAAAUUCAAGCUCAUCGAGGUGAUCCAGUUAACUAUGCUCAAGUAAAUCAGCAAUCGCAACAAGAACAACAAACGCAGAACCAGUCAUUUUAUAUUUAAACAAUUGUGAACCGUUUUAUACGUAUAUAUUUAUAUGUAUUUAUAGAGUACAUAUACCCUAUUUUUAUAUACUCUAUUUUUGUGCUAGUCAAAUUUCAAUGUUUUUUCUUUCGAAAAAAGUACUUUUUUUCAUAUUUGAUCGGAAGAUCCAUGGAUCAUCUUAAUAUUCUAUUCAUAUUAUCUUUCAUAUCUCAUAAUCCUUAUUUUAAUAUAAGUGGAUUUCAUUGAGGAAAAUAAUUAAAUAUCUCAAAAGCAAAAGAGAACAGGAAAUAAGAAUUGUUCAUCGAAAACGUAAAAUAUUGUUUUAAAAAAAUAAUAUUAACUAAAUUUUUACGGUUAGAGAAAUUUUCCUUACUGUUAGAACAUAAUUAAGGCCUCAGUUUAAGAAUAGUUUUAUGAAUCGUAUACCAUCAAACUUAUUUUAUUAUUUCAUCUGAUUUCAUGAUUAUUAAGUUGAAUUGAGAGAUAAUAAAAGUAUUGGUUGUUCGGAAAAUUCGUGCCGAUUUUGACGAAAGAUUGAAACGCAACGCAUUUAAGUUUUGGUUAAUAUAUUUAUUUAUUAAAUUA